GUGCGAUUGGCCGCAGCUAGUGCAAGUCGAACCCCGGCCGUUUUCUUUUGAAAUACGCGAUCUACUGUUGGCGCCCGUUUUCUAUCGAGUUUUCGACAGAAAAUUCCGAGUCGAAUCAUGACGGAGACACAACAAAAGACUAGAUGCAUUACUCUGAAGGGUUCCGCCGAGAUGGUGAAGCAGUAUCUGCUCUAUGGAGUCAAUAGUAUACUGUAUCAAAGAGGCAUAUACCCGCCCGAGACGUUUACGCCGUCCGAGCAUUUCGGCCUGUUUGUGUUCAUGUCCACGGACGAGAAGAUUACGUCCUUCCUGGAUACCGUUCUCGGACAAAUCCAGGAGUGGCUCGUCCAGCGCAAAGUACGCAAGAUCACCCUUGUCAUAACGAAUGUCAACACAAAGGAGGUGCUGGAAAAGUGGGACUUCAGGGUCGACUACGAAGACCAAAAGUUGAACGACAACGGCAACAGUAACGUUAACGUUGAUCCAUCCGAAGGAGUUGCAGGAACGAAGGACAUAAAGACUAUACAGAAGGAGAUACGCGAAGUGAUACGCCAAAUCACAGGCACAGUGAGUUUUCUCCCACUCUUGGACUGCCUGUGUUCGUUUGAUAUACUUACGUACACAGUGCCGAACUGUUCCAUUCCAAAUCAGUGGGACGAGACCCAGCCAGUGUUUAUAGCUAAUAGUCAAGAAGUACAACUCAGGUCAUUCUCAACCUCCAUACACAAAAUGGACACUGUAGUCAGUUACAAGAACACUUGAGGCUUCUUGAUGCUUCUCUACUGUUUUUUAUGUGAUUAUGGUAAAUAUAAGCAGCGUUUUAUGUCACAUGUGUUAAAUGCCACUAUCAAUGACUAAUAAUAUUGUUAUGUAAAUUAGUAAUUAAAAAAUGAUUUCCACAACACUGAUCAAAUAAAACAUGUGCUCCAGUCGAGUCAAUCGGUGAGUACUGGAGAAUACUUAUACGAUACUUCCCUACAACAUUUGUAACAGUGGCUUAAUGUGUAAGUUAUUUCUGCUAUAGUUUUAUGUACAAAAAUAUAUUUUUUAAGAAAAAAAUCAAUUUCAAUUCUUGAUUAAAAGUUCUUGAUUAGUAUCCAGAAAUGUGUACAAGUGUAAAAAAGGGUAUAUGUUUAAAGAAUAUUGUACAUAGAUCUGCGAUUAACAAUAGCAUGAAUAAAGACUGAAUGAAAGACUA